GACAAUAGUAAAUGUUAAUUAUGAUUUUUGCAUUGUCUUUAGAUUUGUAAAUGCCUUAAACUAGGAAAUUCAGUUCAUUAAAUUUUCAGUCAAUCAUAUAAAGUUUAUUGGGAAACUUAGUUAUUCAUCGAAGCUUUGAGUAUUUUUAUGUACGAGCAUAAUAAAACAAUUGAACACUUAUUACCAUACAUAACGUUUCAUGUUUUCAAAAAUACAACUUAUGCACACUAGAAAUGACGAAUUAAUUUCACAUAUCAGUUUAAACUAAGCAUCUAUUCAAUAAAUGUUCAAGUCAUCUCCUUGUAAAUGUAAAUACACAUGGUUCAAUUUACGUUAUAUAUCAUGUGAUCCAUUGAAUAACUAAUUGUGGGAACUAUAAAUUUGACUGCAUAAAUCUACAAAUGAUUCACUAGAAAUUUAUAUCUUUAUAGAGUUUGGUUACUACUAUUUUGUUCAUCUGAAACUUUCUAAAUGCUUUCCAGCAUCAUAGAAUUCGUCUUGAUCAGAGUACUUAUUAUAAUAACUAUAAAUAUUCCUGGUUCUUUCAUUGGAAGUAUUACCAUCAGUAGUGGACGUGAAUCAGACCUAGUCAUCACAAAGAAUAAUGUUUAUUCUAGUAAUCAUUUUUCAAAUGAAUUUUAUGAAGAAGAACAUAUUUUGCAGGAGGAGUCAAUUGAAUUUCCUGAAUAUUUAAAUGAGGCCUUAUCAAAUCCACCAGUCCAAACAAUUCAUCUCCUUCCACUUUAUCAUUGUCUUCCUCUUCACAGGAACAGGCCAGAAAACAAAUCAAGAACCACCGGAAAGUUUUUCGUAAACAUUCUAGUUCCAUAG